CAGGACCCAAACCUCUCGUUGAUUCGGUGACAAGACAAUUGAAGCUUUUGUAAAACUGGACAAUUGGAUCUAUAAACUUUACGUUUAAUUCUUUUCAUAUACUUAGGUUGGAAUGCCGAGAAGGAAGAAAAGCGAGGGAUGGAUACGCAAGCGCCGUGCUCCAGUAGCGCCGCGAUGGCGCCGGAGGUCGCAAGCAGGCGAUUCCAGCUCCAGCAGGAAGAGAGAAUUGGAUGUGGAGAGCGUGACUGUGACGCCGGAUCAAGUUUGCGGGUGGUGUGCCACGGACGAGACCGCUGUGGACGCGUUCCAGGGCUGGGCGAGCAAGAGGAGCGAGAGCAGGAGAGAAUGUGGGAUUGGAAGAGCAGGAGAUUUGAGGCGGCCUCCGGUUGUUUCGAUUGCUCCUCCUCUGGAUCGAGCUGCGCUCAGGCCGGGGCAUGUCUUGGAGAUUGCUGGGCCUAGUGGGUCUGGAAAGACUGAAUUGCUUAUCCAGGCUGCUGUUUCGUGUAUUCUUCCAGCAAGUUUUAACGGAGUUUCUUACGGAGGAUCGGAAGCUGUGGUUCUCAUGUUUGAUCUGGAUGGGAGAUUCGACAUAGCGCGUCUGACCAGCGUGCUCAAAGCUCGUAUUAAUGCGGCACAUAAGGAUGAUACAGCUUCGAAUUCGAUUUGCUUGGAAGAGCAAGGAGAGGAGGUUUUGAGGGCCAGCCUGAGACGCUUUUAUUGCUUGAGGUGUUUCAAGAGCUUUGAAUUCCUGGCAUCUCUCAAGAGCCUUCACAUCCAGUCAAGCAGGAUAUCUCAAGAGCACCACGGCAAAGCAGUACAGCUAGUUCUUAUCGACGGUAUUGGCUCGUUUUAUUGGCUGGAUUGGAUGUCUAGCUGUGCUGCUGCUUACACCAGUCGAAGAACGCUCGGUGUCCAGCGUUUUUCCGAGCUGAUUGUCCAAGAGCUACGUAACCUUCGCAACACCAAGCUUUUCUUGGUUCUGGCAACGAAGGCUCUCCUUUAUGCACCUCCCAAGAGGAAAGCCAUCGCUUCUCGCAUCCAGUACCGCGAGUACAUGCCGGCAGCUUGGCAGAGAUUUGUGACGCACAGACUUUUCCUUCAGCCGCCGCCCCAGGCGGCGUCAGGAGCUCGCGUCUUCACUGCUCAGUGGGACAAGCCUUCACUGGUGGAAAAAGACGAGUUUUUCAUACACAAUCAUGGUGUCCAAGUUGUCACCAAAAUCGUAGACGAGCACCUCUAAGAACGCUCUCUUCGAUCUCCUGAUCGCCCCUGUAAAAUGCUGCGAGCAUCCAACAUGCUCCCACACUUUGUCUCGUGGCUCGCCUUGAGCUUGUUCUGUCCAUGACGAAUUUCGGAAGCGGAGCAUGGUCCGCAGGUACACUUCCAUCUAUUUUUCCUCUUCAUGACGAAUGCUAUCCAGGUUGAUAUUUCUCAAUUCUGGUGUUGGGAAUCGAAAGAACUGGCUGGCGGAUGAUGAAAGCAUAAUCGGCAGCACCUUGGAGUUGGGAAAACUCGGCAACUUUGAGCUCACCAAGUUCCAGAGCUAAGCUUUCUUCGAAACAACACAGAUCAAAGACCCAAAGCCUUCGCAACAACGUCAAUUCAACUUAAGCCAUUCUCUUACAAAAUGCGAGCUUCCUUCUCGAAGCUGUCC